CGGGUUUCUGGACGUUGUCGUUUAGACGUCACUGCUUUGCUUCGUUCCAAUUCCACCUCACAUUCCUUAUCUUUCUUCUUCUUCUUCUUCUCAACCGUCGUCGAUUCUCAGUUUCCGAUUGCAGAACUUGAUUUCAGAAUCCAAAAAAAUGAACACGUUAAUCUCACCGCCUUCUACAAACCGUUACCUUUGUGGGGUCCCUUACUCUUUCCUCUCUCCGCUUCGACACAACAACAACACCAACCUUAACCUUCCGAGGUUCCAUUCCACAGUUGCUACCAACUUCUUGUCACACUCUCCGGUUCGGGCCACGCUCUCCGCACGUGCCACUUCCGAUGAAGUAGACACGCAAACGGUGGUUGAGGAACUUUCAGAGGAGAAUAAAGUGGAAGAGAACACCAACGAGGACAACACAAACACGUCCACUUUUUCUGCUCCAAUUGACAAAGAACUUAAAAAGGUUGCUCAGAAGACUGCUGCUACCUUUGCACCAAGGGCUUCCACGGCUACAAAAAACCCUGCAGUGCCUGGAACUGUUUUGUACAGUGUUUUUGAGGUUCAAGGGUAUGUUUCAAUGUUGUUGGGAGGAGCUUUGUCUUUUAAUCUCAUAUUCCCUUCUGAUGAACCUGACAUUUGGAGAUUAAUGGGAAUGUGGUCCAUUUGGAUGUUCACAAUUCCUUCAUUACGAGCUCGAGAUUGCUCAAAGAAUGAGAAAGAAGCUCUCAACUAUCUUUUUCUCCUCGUCCCAUUGAUCAAUGUUAUAAUCCCAUUCUUUUGGAAGUCCUUUGCUGUUGUUUGGUCCGCAGAUGUAGUAGCCUUCUUGGGAAUGUACGCAUGGAAGUUUGGAUGGCUUCAGAGAACGGAUUAAGGAACCCAAAUUUGGUUAGUAAAAGUUAUCAAUGCUUGUUGGCUUUGUCUUUCUCAUGGAUCUCAAUUUUGUAUAACACGCAGCAAUGAGAUGUGACAUUCCUUGUAGCACUUCAUGGCCCCCAACUCAUGGAUGAGUGAUUUCUGUGUUAAAAGUUUGAGUAGCCUUUGCAUCUACUAGGGGAGCAAGAUACCAUGUUGCAUUCGUUAAACAUCAAAUGAAGAGAAUGUUAUAGGUUCUUUAAAAAGUUUAGCAUGUUGUAUUAUUGCCGUGUCUCACGUUGCAGGAAAUUUGAAAUUCCCGAAUGUAAUCAAGAACCUCCAAAAGAUGAAAUGUGAAGUCAUGAUACAUAUAUUUUUGUACCACUGAGAUUUUCGAUGGCUGUAACGUAUUUUCUUAACUGGACGAAAAUUAAAAUUUAGAAGACAGAUGUAUCCUGGUUUGUAUCUGAUGAAUGAAGAGUAAGGGUUGUUAUU